AUGGCUGAAUCAAAGUUGUCAAGGCCGGUAGAAGAAUGCACAUCAACACGUUCUUUGGGAUCGACCGUAUCCUUCGGCUGCCUGCCAACGAAUCUGGCCCAAACAGCUUCCUAUUCCCGUAACCUCGAGAUGGGCGAGAUUUCCGGCCGAACAGCGUCUACUCGCCGCUGUGUAGACCUAUCAACAGUAAUCUUCACCAAAAUUUGUCUUGCAAUCUAG